CCGAAUAACCUUUUUGCAUCCGCCCUCCACAGGACCCGCGCCUUCCUAUCCCAAAGACCGCACUACACGCCCACGUGCGGCGCCGACCUGUAUCGAAUUCUCAUGGCCAGCCCGAGGAAAGCAAAGAAGGCGAUGAAGCUCGCCAUGCCCACGUACGCCCCCGAAGUUGAGUACUCGCUCAACCUCGGUGCUGAGUCGGACUACUCCCGGGCCGCGACGCCGCAGCCGUCCGACGGCGAGGGCCCCGUAACCCGCCGCAGGAAGGCCGUUGAUCAGAGUCAGAGCCGCGAGCAACGGAUGCGCCUGUCGACCGCGUACGACGAGAAGGGCCAUCUGAAGAUUGCUGAGCGGGGCAGGCGGGAGGCACUCCUUGAUUGCGGCAUCUGCGACGAGACCGCCGUUGAUCCAGUCCGGACCGAGUGCUGUCGCGCGCUCUUUUGUCGCGAGCACAUCGAUGCGUGGAUUUACGGUCCGGCGGCAACUGGUCUCUGCCCUUCAUGCGAGAAGCCAUGUGUCGUCUCACACAACACUUCCUCCUCCUCUCCUUCCCGCACGCCCUCUCUCUCGCCUUCGCGCUCCCGCACCCCUACGCGCCCCGCCACGAAGCUGCGGCCCAAGUACCGCCAGUCGCUCGUUCCCGGGUUUCCGGAGCUGAUGCGUGUGCUCUGUGGCAUUGCGUUGCUUGUGCUGCUCGGUGUCCUUAGUCGGCGGUAUGGGGCGGCGACGACAAGCGAGUAG